AUGCCUCGAGGAGCAGAAUUUGACGACGGAAAGCCUCAGUCAGACAACCCCGUCGAGGCUGGACACGACAUCAUCCAUGGAGGUUCAAAGUCCACAGCCGAAGCCGAACUCUCUGGCCCGAAGAAAGCCGCCCCUCUCCCAGAAGGCAUGGACGAGAUGAACGACCGCACACUCAGCGGCGGAGCCGCCCCAGGACAUCAGAGCGGAAAAGGGGGAAACGGGCCCCGGACAACAGGCGAACACACGGGUCUGGGUGGUCACAAGGGCCUAGGCACAGCUGAUCCGCAUCCCACGGACUUGAAGGGUGACAAGCAGCCUGGCGGAAGUUGA